CAAAUUUUCGCGCGGUCACAACGUCUGUAAACAAAAUGGCUGUCGAAAAAUUAUUUGAAAGUGAUGAUUUUCUUGUAGUUAACAAACCAUACGAUAUGUAUAUUAACUCUGACGAUGCCAAUGAAAAGAAUACAGUGACAUGUCACAUUGCAUCGCACGAUUCCCACCUGUCCACAUCAUCGAAUCCACUAUAUUUCGUGCAGCGGCUCGAUUACUCCACCAGCGGCGUAUUGUGUAUAGCGAAAAACAAAACAACCGCAGCAAACGCGGGGAAAUUAUUCGAGAAGAGACUUACAAAAAAGUAUUACAUGGCUGUUGUCAGAGGACACCCUGAGUUUCAAUUGGCUGAAAUACGCUAUGCAGUGGGUACAGACCAGUCGCCGCACAACGGGCACCGUAUGUCCGUCGUGACGAGCGCCGCCAGCGCUUGCGGCGGCUCGCGGCCGGCGCACACGCGGCUGCUCGUCUUGGAGACCGGGUAUUAUGGCGGCGAUCCCGUUGCCGUCGUCUUGUUGAAGCCUAUAACUGGUCGUCGUCAUCAACUCCGCGUGCACUGUCACGCGAUAGGUCACACGAUACUCGGCGACUACACGUACAGCGAUCGAGGCGAUAUAGCCCCUCACAGGAUGUUCCUGCAUGCUACUAGAUUGGUCUUACCUCUACAACAAAAACCAUUAGACAUACAGACUUCCGAACCUUUCUUCAAUGAUCCAGAGUUUACUGCCAAAUGGAAGUCUCUACGCGUUUUCUACAAAUACAGAAAUAAAGAGGAAUUGGUCGCCGCUUGCGAUGAUAUUGAUAGACAAUAUAUCAUUGGCGUAAAAUAUAAAGAUUUCAGCAUUCAAUAAAUUAUGUGGUCAUUUUAA